UAAUGUUAGCCUCAAAAAACGGACACGAAUCUAUUGUAAAUUUACUACUUACAAAAAAAACUAAUGUCAACUACGUUCAAAGUGAUGGACGGAAUGCCAUAAUGAUAGCAUGCCAUGAAGGACACAAAGCAAUAGUAGAACGUUUGCUGGAUUACGGCCAUUUGGUUAAUGCUAUUGAUAAACAACAAUGUAACGCCUUAAUGAUAGCUUCUAUAAGAGGGCUCGAUAAAAUUGUAUCACUACUUAUAGAUCAAAUUGAGAACAUAAACGCAGUUGACAAAGAUGGUUGGACAGCUUUGAUGUUUGCUUGUCACGCGGGGCAUGAGAAAGUUGUUAAUGUAUUGCUGGUUAACAAUGCCAGUGUAGAUGUUAAAGAUAAAGAUGGAUGGAAUGCUAUAAUGAUUGCCGCUGAGCGAGGGCACGAAAAUAUCUUAGACAAAUUAAUAACACAAAGAAAAGAACUUGUCUCUGAGAAAAACAAGGAUGGGUAUACUGCAUUAAUGUUAGCUUCACAGAAUGGGCAUGAAAAGUGUGUAGAGCUUGUAUUACCACAUUCGAAAGUUAAUGAUUGCGAAAAUGGCAAGUGGAACGCAUUUAUGCUUGCCUCUCAAAAAGGAAAUAUAAUGCCUGUAAAACAUUUGCUACAAGUAAAAGAAAUAGAUUUAAAGGCAGUUGAAAAAACUGGGUAUAACGCAUUAAUGAUAGCCUCUCAGAAUGGACAUGAAAAAAUUGUACAGGAACUCAUAAGCAUUGGCUGCAGUGUUAAUGAAAUAAAUGCAAGAAAUAAGUGUACUGCUUUGAUGCUAGCAUCGAAAAAUGGACAUCGAGGUGUUUUUGAUUUACUCAUUCAAUAUGGAGCUGACAAAAAUGCAAGAGUAAAAUGUGGUCUUAAAGCAUUACAUUUUGCGAUGUUUCAAAAAUAUAAAAAGCUAGAUAACCACACAAAAAUAGUUGAAAUAUUGGGUGAAACAGAAAAAAGCAUUAAUAUUUCUACCGAUGCAAUGGAAAAAUUAAAAAGUUUAUGUUUUGCUUUCAAAGUGCAAAAACUAUUAAAAUACAACCAUAAAUACAAUGAUGAAUUAUAUACAAAUUACGAUGACUGUGGCGGUUUAGGUGUUUUGAAAAACGAGUCUUUUAAAUCUAGUAAUGUACAUGUAGUGUACUUGAUACAUUGUCAUGUUUGUAAGAUGAAAUAUGUUGGUAGCACGGAACGGAAUCUGUUUGAUCGAAUUAAAGAACACAAAGACGCAAUAAAAAAUCGUACCAUACAAGGCAGUUUAUUACACGAUCACUUCAUGUCGUAUCACAGUAUAGAAGAUUUAAGAUUUUGUGUUCUGCAUCAAUGCAAAGAUUCUGAAAACAAAUUUGAUAUAGAGCAAAAGUAUAUCCGUGGAUUAGAUACGAAACAUCCAAAUGGCCUAAACAAGAAUAACGCUAGAUGCUAAACAAAGUCUAAAACUAUUGGUACCGACGAAAAC